CCCAGAAUGCCAAAAGAUCUGACUCUAUGAGGCAGGAAAUAGCCUGAGAAUACACUGAGUCUUCAUUAAAGUUGAUCCCUUAAUUAGUUAAUUUUUGGUUAUAUUUUCCAGUGAAAUGAAACAAAGCUCCCCAAUGUAAUUUGCAUUAUUGAUGUUGUUUUCAUGGUUUUUUGGCCAGACCUCAGUCAUGUUUUAAGUGUAUCAUUGGAUUUUCUCCUUCUCCCCAAAGUCCCAGAAGUGUCAAUCCUAAGUCAGAGGACAAAACCUUCUAGGCUUCAUAUUCCAAAACCUGGAAUCCUGUUGUGUUUCUACCACUUCCUGGGGCCUCGGGCAAGUUCCUUCCUUGUCUGUUCUUUAUUUCAUUCUCUGUCUACAGAGGGCAAUUAGACUUAAUGAUUUUUAAGGUGCCUUAUACUAACAUUUUGUGAUUUCUUGAAAAUGUUGUUUGCUAGACUCACCCACACAUAUGGGAAUGAGGAAGUAAUAGCAACCACCCUCAUAGAUCUGGAUGCAGAUCUGUGAACUUUCUUAUGUAGGCCAUUAGGUUGUCAUUCACAGACUUUGAGGUUUUUAGAACAGGAAAAUAGGUGGGGUUAACUUUGCUGCUGAGAAUCGUCUUGGGUAAACUAUGAUUUCAGUUUAAAGAUGUGUUUUUGUGCGUGGAGCGUGGCUGAAGAACUGAGGACGGCUUUAUGUGCCCCUGCAGAAGGACAGCCAUGAUUCUGUCCACCUAUAAUACGUUCCAGUCCAUUUUCUGUUGCUGCUGUUGCUGCUCAGUACAGAAGCGACAAGUGAGAACACAAAUAAGCCUGAGCAGAGAUGAAGAACUUCCAGAAAACUACACUCAGCGUCACAGAUGGUGGCUCAGCAAACCGUCAAGUAAGAAGCAAUCCAACAGGAGCUGUGGGCAACCUUCAAAACGCAAGCCAUUGCCUCCCCUUCCACCCUCUGAGCUUGCUGAAGAGAAGAUCCAGGUCAAGGCGCUGUAUGAUUUCCUGCCCCGAGAACCCUGUAAUUUAGCACUAAAGAGAGCAGAAGAAUACCUGAUUUUGGAGAAGUAUGAUCCUCACUGGUGGAAGGCAAGAGACUGUUUAGGGAACGAGGGCUUAAUCCCAAGCAACUAUGUGACUGAAAACAGACUCACCAAUUUGGAAUUAUAUGAGUGGUACCAUAGGAACAUUACCAGAAAUCAGGCAGAACGUCUAUUGAAACAGGAGGCUAAAGAAGGUGCAUUUAUUGUCAGAGAUUCAAGACAUUUGGGGUCUUACACCAUUUCCGUGUUUAUAAGAGCUAGAAGAAGUACAGAGGCUACAAUAAAACAUUAUCAGAUUAAAAGGAAUGAUUCCGGACAGUGGUAUGUGGCUGAAAGACACCUCUUUCCAUCAGUGCCUGAGUUGAUCUGGUAUCACCAGCACAAUGCUGCUGGUCUUAUGACCCGCCUCCGCUGCCCGGUUGGGCUGAUGGGUUGUUUACCAGCCACAGCUGGCUUUAGCUAUGAAAAGUGGGAGAUAGAUCCGACUGAACUGGCUUUUAUCAAGGAGAUUGGAAGCGGUCAGUUUGGGGUGGUUCACUUAGGUGAAUGGCGAGCAUAUCUGCCGGUAGCUAUCAAGGCCAUCAAUGAAGGCUCUAUGUCUGAAGAGGAUUUCAUUGAAGAAGCCAAAGUGAUGAUGAAACUAUCCCAUUCAAGGCUGGUUCAACUUUAUGGGGUAUGUAUACAGCAGAAGCCCCUUUAUAUUGUGACAGAGUUUAUGGAAAAUGGCUGUCUGCUUAACUACCUCAGGGACAGAAAAGGAAAGCUUAGGAAGGAGAUGCUCCUGAGUGUGUGCCAGGAUGUGUGUGAAGGAAUGGAAUACCUGGAGAGGAACUGCUAUAUCCACAGAGAUUUAGCAGCAAGGAAUUGUUUGGUCAGUUCUACAUGUAUAGUAAAGAUUUCGGACUUUGGAAUGACCAGGUAUGUUUUGGAUGAUGAAUAUAUCAGUUCUUCUGGAGCCAAGUUCCCAAUCAAGUGGUCCCCGCCUGAAGUUUUUCAUUUCAACAAAUACAGCAGUAAAUCUGACGUCUGGUCAUUUGGAGUUUUAAUGUGGGAAGUUUUCACAGAAGGAAAAAUGCCUUUUGAAAAUAAGUCAAAUCUCCAAGUUGUGGAAGCCAUUUCUAACGGUUUCCGGCUGUAUCGCCCUCACCUGGCACCCAUGUCCAUAUAUGAAGUUAUGUACAGCUGCUGGCAUGAGACCCCUAAAGGCCGCCCAGCAUUUACUGAGUUGCUACAAGUGCUCACAGAAAUUGCAGAAACCUGGUGACCUGAAAUGGAAUGCCAAUCCAGAGGAUCAUCUUGCGAAAUUGUCACAAGAGCUAAUCACGAGUGGGAUGCCACUAAAGGGAAUAUCUUCCUUUAGAGCUGCUGAUUCUUGGAAAUAGGGCAGAGAUCACAGGCUUUUCAAAUUGUUUUAAGUUUGAGAACAUUCUGACAAUAGUUUUUCUGCAUGUGUGAGAGGGAUUUCUACACUCCUGUCUUAUCUUUCACAUCCAUAUGUGAAGAUGGAAAAAAGACUCUGUUAUGGUUUAGAUAUUAGAGUCCUCCCAAAGCUCAUGUGUGAGAUAAUGCAAGAAAGAUUAGAGGUGAAAUGAAUGGUUAUGAGAACCUUAAUCUAAUUGGUGCUUUAAUCCUCUGAUAGGGAUUAACUGGGUGAUAACUGUAAGAAGGUAGGAUAUGUCUGGAGGACGUAGGUCAUCGGGGACAUGACUUUGGAGUAUUUAUUUUGUCUGUGGUGAGGGGACUCUCUCUGUUUCCUAAGGCCAUGUCCUGAGCAUCUGUACUCUACCACACUCUUCUACCAUGAUAUUUGGCCUCACCUCAAGCCCCAAGGAAUGGAGCCAGUUGUCUAUGGACUGAGACCUCUGAAACCGUGAACCCUAAAAUAAACUUUUCCUCCUCUAAAAUUGUUUUUAUUGGGUCUUUUGGUCACCACAGAUAAACAGCUGACUAAAACAGGUUCCAUAACAAAUCUCCUAGUGACUGCUCUUCAUGGCGAUAGCUGAGAACCCUCGAGGGUACAGGAAAACCUGAAUCUUCCCAAGGCUAAGGAAAUUUCUUUCCUAAAGAAGAGUGGCUUUUGUACUUCAGUGUUCCAUGCAUAGAAGGUGAAAGUGGAUUCUGCCAGGUCAUGGAGUAAAGGAGCCUCUGUAGCAGAAUUUUGUGCUUUGUAACUGUACAGAUCUUUAUAGAAAUCAUACCUUUAGGAACUACAUGAAAGUGAGCAUUCUGAAAUGUCUUUAGUAAAUCUUACCUUAUGUUAUUUAACAACCUUUUGUACAUAUGUGAUUAUUUUCACAUGGUUGCUUGUAUUCCAGUUUUAAACAUUAUUAUAGGACUUAACCAAAGUUCCCCUUUGAACAGAUCUUGAUGAUAUUUCCAUUUCCAGUGAUGACCAUUGUUAGGGGAAUUCAGAACUGAUUUCAGUUCUGAGAUUUCACACUGUGUACAAGUGAGACUGGACAAAUUAAGAAACCUUAUUUUGUCAUAGUAAAUGCCUCCUAUACUUUUCUAUAAGAUGACUUAUUUUUUCCAAGGCAGGAGAUACAAAAUAAGAUUACCAAAUGUGACAUUGACUCAUUAUUUCUGAUGUCUAAGACUUUGAAUUCAAAAUGAAAUAACAAGCAAUCAUGAUUAAAUCUUACUUUCUUUUGCACUGUUUGUAGAAAUGGUUGGAAAUUGGUUUUAAUCAUUCUAAGUGCUGCAGAAGUCCUAUAAGAAGAAAGCACAAGUGUAAUUACCAUAAGGCUAACAAUAUAUGUGUGUUAAUUGUAUACCGUCCCACCCUACAUGAUAUUCUGGAGUAACAUGGUUUAUGAUUCUCAUUAGAGUCUAAGUUGCUGGUGGCUUUUAGAUCAUAUUUUCUCCACUCAGAAUUCUUUGAAUAUCAGUGUGCUCAAUAAAUUUGCAUUACAUCAAAUAAGAAGAAGGUACAAGAAAAAGAUGUGAUCAAUCAAGUAGUGGUUUCAGAAAUGUUUGCAUGAGAUACUGAGAUAUUUCUGACACUAUCACACCCUUUCUUUUGUGACUCUGGCCAUGGUGAGGAAAGACAGAACACUCCAACUAUUGAGACCUUAAUUCAAAUAAAACAAAGUCUAUCUCAAGAGGGUAGGUGACUAUUUUAACAGCAAAUGUGCACAAUACAAAAACUAAUGUGUUUUCUGUAUAUGAAAUAAGGUGUUUUUUUUUCUAUUUUUAUUAAGCUUUAAAGUCCUCAUUCCCUUAAAAAAGAAAACCAACAAGAACAAAGUAACAAAGCCCCAGAAACAAACAGUGAGAAGCUAGCACUGACUAUAGGGCAUCUGCCAUCACUAAAGAGGUACAAAGUACAGAGCAAAGAGUGACACCCAGAGAUAAGUCAUUCUAAGGGGUCAUGUGACUGCAACUGCACCUCCCAGAGUACAUAUUGGCAGUUGGAGGCAAUCUUUACACCUUUGUUUUAACACUUCAGUAAAGUUUAAGAUACUAAAUUAGAAACAAGAAUAACUAGAGCUAUUUUUCAAUAAAUAAGACUCCAGAUAAAGUGUGAAUACAAAUGUCUGUGACAGAGAUGUUCCAUUCCUUGUUUAGCUGAAGAAAUAAAAAAAAAAAUUUAAAGAGGUUACCACACAACUUCUCCUGGGUAUGGGCUAUGUUUUGCAACUAGUUUUAAUGUUUGCUAUUGACACAAGGUCUCUGUGGGUAGUUGAGACAGUACAAUUUUUAAACAGCUCUGCAUGAGAAAUGAACAAGUGUUUUAGGGACUGGUUGUACAGUCCUAAAAAAAGAGACAAUAGGGGCUGGGGAUAUAGCUCAAUUGGUAUAGUGCUUGCCUCUCAGGCACAAGGUCAAAUGGCAGAAAGGAGGUUUAGAAAAAAAUGGAAGGGAAUUGGAGGCCAAGCAGAAGAUAUGAUCAGUGAAAAUUAUUUUGGGGCAAGAAUAGUCACAGGAAUUUCUUUCUUUAGUAAACUUUUUAUUGAAGUCCAAUACAUGGUCCCAUCAACUCAUAGAUAAUAUGUGGAGACUGGCAAGCAAACUGACAAGAUAUGACAGCAUUUCAUCUAGCACUUAGUUUUCUUAGCUUUGGAGAAGGAUACAAGACAGGAAACAGAAUAUGCACAGCCUUCAGUCUCCAUGAAAGUCUCCCAACUCUCCAUGGACUCGGAUGCCUAGCUCCCUCCUCACCUGCCUAGAGUGUGCAUGAUUGCUGGGGAUGAGGCCGUGCUCUGUGGCUCACCUUCAUGGAAACAGUUUCCCUUGGUUGCCUACCAGUCAUAUAGGCUUACAGUCCACAGGUCUCUCAGCCCUUUGUGCUGUGCCUCAGAUUACAGGUUUCACAAUGUACAUAAUAGGGAUCUGACUUGGCACCUGACAUUCCAAAUUUAUCUUAACUUAGGUCAUUUCCAAAGGACUGGUGCUGGAGAUAGUAAAUAAAAAAUUUCCCCAGGUAGACCUAGGUCUUGGAGAUAAAGGGUACAGGCCUGCUAUUAACCCUUUACUCACACACACAUAAACACACACAUAGACCAUAAGUGUAUAGCUUUCCUAACAGUCACAAAGUGAACACAUCUGUGUAGCCAGACACAAUCAAGAAGUGGCACAUUUCCAGAGUUGCAGAAGCCAUUCUCAUUCCCUAUUCAAUUCACUAACCCAAGAGUAAUUAAUAUCCCCCCAACACCAUGAAUUGGUAUGGGCUAUUUUUAAUUUUUCAUAAAGAAAUCCUUCUAUGAACAGAAGCCAGAACAUGGAUCUACCAUCUUUCACUCAAUAUGUUCCUUUGACCUAUCCAUAUUGUAUUCAUGUUAAGUUAUACUUAUUCCCAUUUCUGUGUUGUCUUACAUUGUAUAAUUAUCUCAUUCAUUUAUUCUACUUUUGAUGGUUAUUUGAGUUGUUUCUGAUUUUUAACUAUUAAAAUCAGUGUUGCUAUGAA